GUCAUGAUCCUUGUUGAAGAGCAAAGAUGUUAUUAUUCUUACAUUCUACACUCACCAACCACCAAAAUACACUCUCAUUUCAAUUCCAAUUCCAAUGGCUUCCACAUCAACCCAUUUCUCUCUAUCCCCUUCUCUCAAACAACAUACUUCAAUCCCACAACCCAUUCAUUUCUCCUCACUUCAAAAUCCUAAAUUUCUCCAUCCCCAAUCUUCAUUCUCCAACAACCAUUUUCCAAAAUUUUCCUCUCUUUCUAAACCCUUAAGGUCACCAAUAUGCGCUAGCUCCUCUCAACUAAUGGACCCUUUUGCAGCAAAAACCGAACCCGGGAUUCCCACUAUUGUUAACGUUGAUUUGGGUGAUCGGAGCUAUCCAAUUUACAUCGGAUCCGGGUUGCUCAAUAAACCCGAGCUUCUCCAAAGGCAUGUCCAUGGAAAGAAGGUCCUUAUUGUCACCAACAAUACGGUUGCACCUUUGUAUCUAGACAAGGUUGUUGAUGCUUUAACAAGUGGAAACCCAAAUGUUUCCGUUGAGAGUGUAAUUUUACCGGAUGGCGAGCAGUACAAGAACAUGGAUACUCUUAUGAAAGUGUUUGACAAAGCUAUUGAGUCUCGAUUGGACCGGCGGUGUACUUUUGUUGCCCUUGGAGGUGGUGUGAUUGGUGACAUGUGUGGUUUUGCUGCUGCUGCGUUCCUACGUGGUGUUAAUUUUAUUCAAAUUCCAACUACUGUUAUGGCACAGGUUGAUUCUUCUGUUGGUGGCAAAACUGGGAUAAACCAUCCCCUUGGCAAGAACCUGAUCGGUGCUUUUUAUCAACCUCAGUGUGUGCUUAUAGACACAGACACAUUAAAUACAUUACCGGAGAGGGAACUGGCAUCAGGGUUUGCAGAGGUUAUAAAGUAUGGACUCAUUAGAGAUGCUGAAUUUUUUGAGUGGCAAGAGAAAAAUAUGCAGGCACUGAUGGCUAGAGAUCCUAGUGCACUGGCAUACGCUAUAAAGCGAUCGUGUGAAAACAAGGCUGAGGUUGUGUCCUUGGAUGAGAAGGAAAGUGGACUCAGGGCAACAUUGAACUUGGGUCAUACAUUUGGUCAUGCAAUAGAAACUGGGGUUGGCUAUGGACAGUGGCUUCAUGGAGAGGCUGUUGCAGCUGGCACGGUAAUGGCUGUUGACAUGUCAUAUCGCCUAGGUUGGAUUGAUGAUUCUAUUGUGAAGCGAGUUAGUGACAUUUUAAAACAGGCCAAGUUACCGAUUGUGCCUCCUGAAAUUAUGACUGUGGACAUGUUUAAAUCUGUCAUGGCGGUUGAUAAGAAGGUAGCAGAUGGAUUGCUGAGACUCAUCCUUCUAAAGGGUCCUCUCGGAAAUUGCAUUUUCACAGGGGAUUACGACAGAAAGGCUCUAGACAAUACACUUCGUGCAUUCAGUAAAUCUUGAUCGUUGGGUUCGAUGUUUCUAUUGCAGCUUUACGCAAUUCUUUGUAAUUUACAGUGAAUGCUUGUAUGUUGUGAUAACCUCACUUUUAUUUUUCCUUUGUACUUGGGAUGCUCCUCAUGGUCCCUAUUAUAUAGUCAAGAGUCUAUAACAAAGUUGUAUUAUUAGAAGUUGAUGCACGAUCAAUAAUGAUUAUCCAAGUAGAUCAUAUUCUUUUUGACC